GUCCAGGGGUGGUCCUUCUGAUAAAUCCGUCCGACUGGAAACAACGGAACUCCCGACAGGAACCGUUAGCUGCAGCACGGAACAGACAUGUCUUUCCAUCGGGACUGCGGGGGUCCCAGGGGGGGCAUGCCCCCGGGUCAGCACAGCUCCGCUCAAAACUUCCGGCCAACCAACAUGAGGACCCCCCCUCCUCAGCCCCAUGCUCCCCCCUACCACUACGACCCGCAGGCCACGCCCACUUCAGGCUACCCCGGGGGCUACAUGCCCCCUGACUUCAUGCACUAUCCCCCCCCAGCUCCCCCGCAGACCCCUGGAUCUGUGAGCCAGUGCCCCGUCCGGCCCCCUUUUCCAAAGUCCGCCGCUCGCCAGGGCUUCCAGGAGCCCCCGCCGAACUUCCCGCCGCCCCCUCUGCCCAGCGCUGCAGCCGGUUCCGGUCCGAGGGUGCAGGUCCCGUCUCACGGCUCCUAUCACCCCUUCAUGAUGCCCCCGCCCCCUCUGCCCCGCCCACCCAUGCCUCCGCCCAUCGCCUCUCAGUCCAUGAACUAUCACCCUCCAUAUCCCAUGAACUACCCCCCUUUCCCACCUCCCACCUUCAUACCCAACUACUCGCAGAGUCCCGGCCCGUUCCAGCCGGACCACGGCGUCCGGCAGGGGGGGCAGUUCAAGUACGAGAAGCCCCCGGAGAGCAGGAGGUCCCCAGACAGGAGCUUCUUCCAGGACGACCGACAGAAGAGCUACUGCUACGGCGGCGACAGGCGCAAGACGGAGUUUUCCGGAGACCGGAAGGAACGCGGGCGGAGUCCGGACAGGAGCAGCCGGGGGGACGGGGGGAGGUACCGGUCCGAGUACGACAAAGGCCGGUCCCCUCCACGGCACCGGAGCAGAGAACGGUACCGACACCGAGAGCGGAGGUCGGCGUCACCUGACAAGCACAGGAAGCGACCUCGCAGCCGCUCGUCCAGCAGAGACCGCAAACGCAGCCGCUGGGAGGAGGAGAAGGAGCGGCGGUCUGAGGGCUUCAGCAGGGAGCGCAGCUACACCUCCGUCCGCACCCGGGACUCCGAGGACGCCAGCGACCGGGAGAGGGAGCGGGAACGAGAGCGGGAGAUGGCCAAGGCGGAGGAGGAGAAGGAGGAGGAGGAGCUGCUGAAACCCGCCUGGAUUCGCUGCACGCACGCUGAGAGCUACUACUCCAACGACCCCAUGGACCAGGUGGGAGACUCCACCGUCGUAGGGACGAGUAAACUACGCGAGCUGUACGGGCGCCUGGAGGAGGAGCUGGGGAAACGACAGGAGCGGGCCAAGGAGGCCCGACCCAAGUGGGAGCCGCCCAAAACCAAACUGGACGAAGAUCCAGACGACAGCAGCAGCGACUCGGACUGCGAGUCAGACGAGGACGGAAGCAGCUGCUCCAGCAGCUCCGACUCGGAGGUUUUCGAUGUGAUUGCUGAGAUCAAGAGGAAGAAAGCUCACCCCGACCGGCUGCACGAGGAGCUGUGGUACAACGACCCCGGACAGAUGAACGACGGCCCCCUGUGCAAGUGCAGCGCCAAGGCAAGACGGACGGGGAUCCGCCACAGCAUUUACCCCGGAGAGGAGCCCGUCAAACCCUGCCGCCCCAUGAGCAACAACGCAGGGAAGCUCUUCCACUACCGGAUCACCGUGUCUCCUCCCACCAACUUCCUGACGGACAGGCCGACGGUGAUCGAGUACGACGACCACGAGUAUCUGUUCGAGGGAUUCUCGCUCUUCUCGCACAAGCCGCUCACCAGCAUUCCGUUGUGCCGUGUGAUCCGCUUCAACAUAGAUUACACCAUUCACUUCAUAGAGGAGAUGGCGCCGGAGAACUACUGCGUCCGAGGGUUGGAGAUGUUCGCCGCCUAUCUGUUCCAGGACAUCCUGGAGCUGUACGACUGGAACCUGAAAGGUCCAGACAGUGACGGCGAGACGUCUGGAUGCCAGCAGUUCCACUUCAUGCCCCGCUUCGUCAGAUUCUUACCCGACGGAGGGAAGGAGGUGCUGUCCAUGCACCAGGUGCUGCUCUACCUGCUGCGCAGCAACAAGCCGCUGGUUCCCGAGGAGGAGAUCGCCGACAUGCUGCAGUGGGAGCAGCUGGACUGGCAGAAGUACGCCGAGGAGUGCAAAGGCAUGAUCGUCACCAACCCGGGCAUGAAACCCAGCUCUGUGCGCAUCGACCAGCUGGACAGGGAGCAGUUCAACCCGGACGUCAUCACCUUCCCCAUCAUCGUCCACUUCGGCAUCCGGCCGGCCCAGCUCAGCUACGCCGGAGACCCUCAGUACCAGAAGCUGUGGAAGAGUUAUGUGAAGCUGCGCCACCUGCUGGCCAACAGCCCGAAGGUCAAGAAGCUGGACAAGCAGAAGCUGUCGCAGAGGGAGGAAGCUCUGCAGAAGAUCCGUCAGAAGAACACCAUGCGCCGCGAGGUGACGGUGGAGCUCAGCAGCCAGGGCUUCUGGAAAACUGGCAUCCGCUCCGACGUCUGCCAGCACGCCAUGAUGCUGCCCGUCCUGACCCACCACAUCCGCUACCACCAGUGCCUGAUGCACCUGGAUAAGCUGAUCGGCUACGUCUUCAAGGAGCGCUGCCUCCUCCAGCUCGCCAUGACGCACCCCAGCCACCACCUCAACUUCGGCAUGAACCCCGACCACGCCCGCAACUCCCUGUCCAACUGCGGCAUCCGUCAGCCCAAAUACGGCGACCGGAAGGCCCACCAGAUGUACAUGAGGAAGAAAGGAAUCAACACCCUGAUUAACAUCAUGUCUCGCCUCGGGCAGGACGACCCCUCCCCCUCCAGGAUCAAUCACAACGAACGGCUGGAGUUCCUGGGCGACGCCGUGGUGGAGUUCCUCACCAGCGUCCAUCUGUACUACCUGUUUCCAAGCUUAGAGGAAGGCGGCCUGGCCACCUACCGGACCGCCAUCGUUCAGAACCAGCACUUAGCCAUGCUGGCCAAGAAACUGGAGCUGGAUCGCUUCAUGCUUUAUGCUCACGGGCCGGACCUGUGCCGGGAAUCGGACCUGCGGCACGCAAUGGCCAACUGCUUUGAGGCUCUCAUUGGCGCGGUGUAUUUGGAAGGAGGUUUGGAGGAAGCUCGGCUGCUCUUUGGAAGACUGCUCUUCAACGGUGAGGAUCUCAGGGAGGUCUGGCUGAACUACCCAUCUCACCCCCUGCAGGUGCAGGAGCCUCAGACCGACCGGCAGCUGAUCGAGACGUCUCCGGUUCUGCAGAAGCUGACCUCCUUCGAGGAGUCCAUCGGCGUGUUCUUCACUCACGUGCGCCUGCUGGCCCGCGCCUUCACCCUGCGGACCGUCGGCUUCAACCACCUGACCCUAGGUCACAACCAGAGGAUGGAGUUCCUGGGAGACUCCAUCAUGCAGCUGGUGGCUACGGAGUAUCUCUUCAUCCACUUCCCAGACCAUCAUGAAGGACAUCUGACGCUCCUCCGCAGCUCGCUGGUGAACAACCGCACGCAGGCCAAAGUGGCGGAGGAGCUGGGCAUGCAGGAGUUCGCCAUCACCAACGACAAAACCAAGCGACCCGUGGCGCUGCGGACCAAGACUCUGGCGGAUUUACUGGAGUCUUUCAUCGCCGCUCUCUACAUCGACAAAGACCUGGAGUAUGUUCACACCUUCAUGAACGUCUGCUUUUUCCCUCGGCUGAAGGAGUUCAUUCUGAACCAGGACUGGAACGACCCCAAAUCGCAGCUGCAGCAGUGCUGCUUGACCCUGAGGACGGAGGGCAAGGAGCCCGACAUCCCGCUGUACAAGACCCUUCAGACGGUGGGGCCCUCGCACGCCCGCACUUACACGGUGGCGGUUUAUUUCAAGGGCGAGCGCAUCGGCUGUGGUAAAGGCCCGAGCAUCCAGCAGGCAGAGAUGGGGGCAGCCAUGGACGCUCUGGAGAAAUAUAACUUCCCGCAGAUGGCUCAUCAGAAGCGCUUCAUCGAGCGGAAAUACCGACAGGAGCUGAAGGAGAUGAGACGGGAGCGGGAGCGGCAGGAGAAGGAGAGCGACGAGGCGGAGGAGUGCAGGAAGUGACCGCGGUCAGGAGCGGGCUCCACGAGGGGCGGAGCCUCCCUCUGCUGUGUGAAGGACUGAGUUUCACAACAGCAGGAGGUACAGAAAUGGAGAAACCAAACCGUCAAAACAAAAAUGCUAAUAAAGUUUAAGAUUUUA